GACACGGAGCCCGUGCCGAGCGACAUCUGGCGGGGCCUGCCGAUCUCCCGAAUGCUGGGGCAGGGGCCUGGCCUCAUGGCCAACAGCCAGACGGAGGCCACGUUCUCAUUAUCUGAGCAGUUGGAGGAACAGCCGUACAUUGACAUCUUCUUGUCGCACACAUGGAGCUCAAACGCGUACCUGAAGUAUGCAGCCAUGCUCUACUACUUCAACGGGCGCUCCUCCUUCGUUGCCGCUCACAGCGCGGCCCUGGCGACAUUCUUGAUGCUGCUCGCGGUCAAAGAGCUGACCUCGUACGGGAGGGGGGCUACCUGCCUGUCUUGUACGUGCCGAUGCCCGGCAAUGUGGAAGAGUACCCCAAGGA